ACCAAGACCCAGGACUGCUCCUCCAAGGAAAGAGGACCAAGCAAUGAUGAAGACCAUGUCUGGUGGAAACUGCACCCUGAAUGUGCCAGCCAAGAACUCAUACCGCAUGGUAGUGCUGGGGGCCUCCAGGGUGGGGAAAAGCUCCAUUGUCUCACGCUUUCUCAAUGGCCGGUUUGAGGACCAGUACACUCCCACCAUUGAGGAUUUUCAUCGCAAGGUCUACAACAUCCGGGGAGACAUGUAUCAGCUGGACAUCCUGGACACCUCUGGGAAUCACCCUUUCCCUGCUAUGAGGAGGCUUUCCAUCCUGACAGGGGAUGUUUUCAUCCUGGUAUUCAGCCUGGACAACAGAGAAUCCUUUGAUGAGGUCAAGAGGCUCCAGAAACAGAUCCUUGAGGUCAAAUCCUGCCUGAAGAACAAGACCAAGGAAUCAGCUGACCUCCCCAUGGUGAUCUGUGGCAACAAAAAUGACCACAGUGAAAUCUUCCGCAAGGUACGCUCAGAUGAAGGCGAGAACCUUGUUUCCAGUGACGAAAACUGCGCUUACUUUGAAGUUUCAGCCAAGAAGAACACCAAUGUGGAUGAGAUGUUCUAUGUCCUUUUCAGCAUGGCCAAGCUACCUCAUGAGAUGAGCCCUUCCCUCCACAGGAAAAUCUCCAUCCAGUAUGGUGACACUUUCCAACAGAAAUCCUUCCGGAUGCGCCGAGUCAAGGACAUGGAUGCCUACGGCAUGAUCUCUCCCUUUGCUCGCCGGCCAAGCGUCAACAGUGACCUGAAGUAUAUCAAAUCGAAAGUUCUCAGGGAAGGUCAGUCCAGGGAGAGGGAGAAAUGCACGAUCCAGUGA